AACUUAUUGAGCUGAUUCCGCUGUUGGGAUGCUCCUCCCAUGACAGCGCUCCCGGCGCCUUCAGCGCCUGCUCCCCCCGCACCGGUGCCUGCGCCCAAGCCGCGCGCACCGCCCUGUGCACCGGGGGAUGAAUUCGAGUUGCACUUCAUCGGCGAGUUGGAGUGGCUGGCCUGGGCUGGACUCGAGGUGGACGACGGGCUCUUCGUCGACUACUCCUGCGAGGCGGGGAUGGAUUGGCUCCCGAUUGCUCGGAAGGAAGGCUUCGUGGGGCAGACGCAGACUUGCUAUGCGGACGCUCAUGGAGUGUAUGUCUUCAAUCAUCCCAUCGACUUCCACUACAUCGCCGACUCGGUGGCCAGCUGGCCUCAGUUGCAUUUGCAAGUCUUCAAGUUGGACGCCGCCGGGCGUGUGGAGACCUUGGCCUACGGCUCCAUGACCUUGCCCAACGCCUGCGGGCAUCGGGAGGUCACUGUGAGGACCUGGCGACCCUUGCAGCGAAACGUCCUGGAGGAGGCCCGUACGGUCUCCAGCACCUCCGGCGCGGAUGGCGCCCUGCCAGCCUCGCGGGCUGAGGUGCUCCAUGGCGAGGUCCGUUCCAAAAUGGUGACGAAGACCUCUGGCAGCAUCCUCGUGGCCCUGGAUACCAUCUUCCGCAAUGCUGGAAAGCACCAGAUUCUUACUGGCUAAUGCAACGACGGUUUUCUGCGAGAGAAAAGCGGUUCACUGGCGGGACCGGUGGGACGGGAGUUGUGGACGGGGGUUCUCUAAAAGGGAAGACAGUCGGAAGGCAUCUGAUAAUGCUGAACAUGAAUGAAAAUGAGAGCAAAGUUUAAAUCCUUCCCAUGACAAUUUGAGACAAUUUGCUAAACACAUAUUGUUCAGAAACAUGGGGGAGAUUGAAACGAACGUGGCUCUGUUACGUUGCUGUAAAUGGAUUCCCACGGAGUCUUGCAGCAGAGGUUCACGUUUAUAGUUUUGAUGACAACAUUGGC